AUGAGGCAAGUUGUUUUGAAAUAUGUGACUGAUGCGUUGACUAAUGUUGACUACUUUGCAAGAGAAGUUACAAUUUCUGGGACAGGAAAUGAGUCAGUUUAUGUUAUGGCAAACUACAGAGCUCAUUAUGAAGGAACCGAGCUUGAGAUAUGGGAGAGACAGGAGGCAAAUUACAUGCUUUUGUUGCAACUGCAGGGACAGAACCUAUUUGAUAUUGUCACUGAAGGAAUAUGGAUCAAUAAAUUGACUGAGAAUUUCAAUAUGGCUCGACUUGAUGGAGCUUUCAGGGGUAAUGAUAUUAAGGUUGUGGAAAUGCCAAGAUUCCUUUUGAAGAAUGAUGGGUUGUUUGGUGGAAGUUCUUCAAUAAUGAACUGUAUUGGAUCUGUUAGAGUGGCUAAAUUUUUGGGUCUAGGUCAUACGAUUGUAACGAUUUUGUGUGAUAGUGGGAUGGUGUAA